AUGCCCAUUCACAUCGGGAUAUCACCAAAUCUCAACCCUUCGUUCUACUUGAUCGGGGAUGAUAUUUCAACUGCUCACUUCCACGUAGGCGAUAGCAAUGAAGAAAUCUCUACAGUUGAGGAGAUUCUCUCCAAAUCUUCAUCCACCACCCCAAUUGGCCUUCGCGUCGACGGCCAGGCAGUCCAAAGUCCCCAGGGCCCCGACGGACUUCCCCUCGUCCGCAGCUUCUACGAAAUCUUCCCCGACCACCUGGGCAACCACUAUCGUCUCUUCCAAAAAUACGGCCAUGUCAUCAAGACCACCAACAUGGGGAAAAUAACAUACCUCACCGAUAGCCCCGAGAUCAACGAGAAUCAGCUUCUUUGGGGUGUGAAAGACAACACUGCUAUCUUCAUUGGCGACACAGAGACAGAAAACGUGCGUCUAUCUCACAAGUUCCUACCACCAGCCAUCGGACCCAAGGCUGUGAGGCACUAUACACCGCUGGUGCAGGAGUGUGUCCGCAAGUCAUUCGAUUACAUGGUGAAACUUGCUUCGCAGGAUAUCGGCAAGUUCUCGGUUGGUACUGAUUUUGAGCACUUCACGCACGUCGAUGCCCCUUUACAUCCUACCAUGACGAACAUUGCGAAUCUACUUUCCCUCAAUAAGAAGAUCACUGCGCGUGGCGAGUGGUAUCGACACCUCCCUUUUGGAGAUCCUGCGCGGCUGAAGAAUGUUCAAAAGACCAUAUACUCUCUUCUUCAAGAGCAGAUUGACCGAGUGAAGGACUCCAGUAUUGCCGGUAUGCCAAUGAACGAGGCAGCCAUCAACGCCUCUUGCGUGGUGGACUACCUACUCAACACAGUCGAUGAGGCUGGCGAGAAAUUCCCCGAGGGUCUGAUACUCGCCAACAUGCUGAUCAUCACGGGUGCGGGCUUCACGGCCACAUCCACGCUGAUGUCCUGGCUAAUCUACUGCCUGAUCAACUACGAGGGCACGCAAGACCGACUGUACGAGGAGCUAUGCGAGGCCGGUAUAGCCAACACGAACGAAGCAGUGACAUGGACGCCUGAGCUACCGCAUAGCCUCUCAUACCUUGAUUGCGUCGUUAAAGAGACCCAGCGUUUACACAAUGCCUCUUUCCAGCCUGGUCGUACGACACAAGCCGAUGUCGUCUUACCUGGAGGGUACAGUCUUCCUGCAGACAGUGUGAUUGUCCCCGCACUUGAUGAAGUCAAGAGCAAGCACCGGUACGCGUACAUUCCCUUUGCGACUGGACCACGCGGCUGUAUUGGGUUCAGCUUUGCUUUGUUGGAGGUUAAGAUCUUGUUGUCCGAGCUGGUGUCUCGGUAUGAGUUCUUCAGGGAGGGAUUAGAUGCGAUCGAGUAUGAUCCUGAGUUUCAGUUGAUUCGGCCGUUGAACUUGUAUGUCAGGGCUAAGAACAGGACUGGAGUUGCAUAG